AUGGCGGGCGGCGCUGGCCCGCAGCCGCUGGUGGCCGCGCAGCAGGGCGCGUGGCAGGGCCAGCAGCAGGGGGCGUGGCAGGUGCGGCCACAGGCCCAACAGAACGCGUCGUCGCUGCAGGCGCAGCAGGGUGGCGCCGGUGCUGGUGGUGGUGGUGGUGGUGGUGGUGGGUUGGGUGGGGUGAUGGCGUUCACGCAGCAGCAGCUGCCGGGAAUGCAGGUGUAUCCCCCAACGAUGCAGGCCCAAAUCUUGCCCCGCCUGCCGCCAUCACAACAGCAGCAGCAGCAGCAGCAGCAGCAGCCGUCGACCCCGCAGCAGCGGCCGACGGCCCCACCGCAACAGCAGCAGCAGCAGCCUGCAUCCGGUCAGCAGCAGCUGCCACCGCAGCAGCAGCUGCCACCGCAGCAGCAGCUGCCACCGCAGCAGCAGCUGCCACCGCAGCAGCAGCUGCCACCGCAGCAGCAGCUGCCAACGCAGCAGCAGCUGCCACCUCAACAGCAGCUGCCGACGCAACAGCAGCUGCCAACGCAACAGCAGCUGCCGCCAGCGGCCAGCCAAGGGUUUGCGUCCGGCGGUUCGGCAAUCGCCUCACUCCUGCAGGCCCUCGCGCCAGGGGGCGCCAUGCACUCGAUGUACGGCGCUCCGCCCACAAACAACCCGCCCGCCGCGCCGCCGCCGGCGCCGGCCGCGCCGCCGCCGCAGCUUCUGACGGGUGUGAUGGCCCCGGGGCGCCAGCUCAACCUGGCGCAGCCCCGCCAGCAGCAGGCUGCCGCGGACCACGAGCUCUGCCGCCGCGUCGCGGCCGCCGCGGCGCCCGCCGACGUGCUCGCGCUCGUGCCCCUCGCCGCUGCGUCGCAGUCCCCGCUGCCGGCGGCGCAGGCGGUCAAGAGGCUGGGCGAGCUGCGGGCGGGCGGGGCAGCGGUGGAGGCGGCGUCCCUGGGGGCGGUGAACGAGCUACUAGACGCGUGCCGCGCGCGCGCGCCGUCGUUUGGGCCGCGCGAGACCGCAGACGUCUCGGUGGCGCUGGCGCAGGCGAGCAGUGGUGGUUCCUGGGCGGUCGAUUGGGGUCGGGGCGAACGGCGCGAGGGCGGGGACGCUCGUUAG